UGUCUUCUAGGUACAGCUAAUGAUAUAGCUCCUGUGUCUCUACACUCGCUGAGACUCUGUCUUCUAGGUGAUCGCUACUGGUCGUAUCUCCACUGCGCGGUAUUGUCUGUGACAGGCAGAAGAAAUGACUCAGGAUGUGACAAUCAACCCAAAAACAAAGUCGAAAAGAGAAGUGAAUUCGAAGACUGGAGAAUACAACCAAGUAGCUACAGUAUUUAUACCCAAAUCCAGUCUGAGUCAUAUCUACAACUAAUGAGUCAUAGGGCUAUGUACCGCAUGGAGCACUGGUCAUGGGUUGUAGUAGAACCUUCCGGAGCAUAUGUCGCGCAGCCUCGAAUCGAUAGAGAUAACCCC